GCCAUUUUAGAAUCGGGUAGAUUCAGGAAAGAGGGUGAGGAGAGUGAGAGAGCGACCGAGUACAUGCGAGUUACAGUCAAGUGGAGUUUUUUUUUUUACCCCCACAAUUUAUUGAGUAGUUUACAUGUUCAAUGAAAACAGCCUUGCUGUUUAUAUGAAGAGUUUAUAAGCGGGUUGGAUAAAGCUAACCUGAAUUUAGAAAUUACAUAACAGGGGCCUUGUGGAUAUCCAGUACGCUCGAAACAGGCCGGCUGAAAGAAAGGUCUAGAACGAACUGCACUUCGAGAGGCUUGUCAAGGGUGGCUGACAAAAUGGCAGAUGAUUUUGAUAUUGAAGCCAUGCUUGAGGCACCCUAUAAAAAGGACGAGAACAAGCCAAGUAAUGCCAAUGGACACGAGGAGCGCAGUAAGAAGAAAAAGAGGAGCAGGAGCAAGAGCCGCAGCAAAAGUAGAGACAGGAGGAAGAGUAGAAGCCGAGAACGCAAGAGGAGCCGGGAACGGAAGCGGAGCCGUAGCCGUGAGAGGAAGCGGAGCCGGAGCAGAGAACGCCGUCGUAGCCGUUCUCGGAGCAGAGAGAGACUUGGUCGAUACAGAUCACGAAGGAGUCCAUUCUCCGGGCCAAAAAUUAAUGGUGGACCCAGAGGGAAGAUUGGCCCACCUCCUGCCAUCAAAAUAAGCAGAAGGCGCUCCAGAAGCAGAAGUCCAUUUAGAAAAGACAAAAGCCCAAUAAGAGAGUCGAUUGACAAUUUGACGCCUGAAGAAAGAGAUGCUCGUACUGUGUUUUGUAUGCAGCUAGCAGCAAGAAUUAGGCCAAGGGAUCUUGAAGAGUUCUUUUCUGCAGUUGGAAAGGUGCGUGAUGUUAGAAUGAUUUCAGACCGGAACUCGAGAAGAUCAAAGGGCAUUGCAUACAUUGAGUUUGUGGAAGCAAGCUCUGUACCCUUGGCAAUUGGUCUUACUGGUCAGAGGUUGCUAGGAGUACCAAUUAUUGUGCAGGCAUCACAGGCUGAGAAAAACCGAGCAGCUGCUAUGGCUAAUAACCUACAAAAAGGCAAUGCCGGACCAAUGAGGCUCUAUGUCGGCUCUCUGCAUUUUAAUAUCACAGAGGAUAUGCUUCGUGGAAUAUUUGAACCUUUUGGAAGGAUUGAAAGUAUUCAGCUUAUGAUGGACAGUGAAACGGGGAGGUCCAAAGGAUAUGGUUUUAUUACAUUCUCUGAUGCUGAAUGUGCUAAAAAGGCUUUGGAGCAGCUUAAUGGAUUUGAGUUGGCUGGCAGACCUAUGAAAGUUGGACACGUAACAGAACGCACUGAUGCCUCCACUGCCAGUUCAUUUUUGGACAGUGAUGAGCUAGAGAGGACUGGGAUUGACCUUGGAACUACCGGUCGUCUCCAGUUAAUGGCCAGACUGGCUGAAGGUACUGGCUUACAGAUUCCUCCAGCAGCCCAGCAAGCAUUACAGAUGAGUGGAUCCAUUCCAUUUGGUGCUAUGGCAGCUGUAACAGAUUUGCAAGCAAGACUAACACAGCCAGUUGAAGCUGCAGUGAAUCCUGCCUUGAGUCUUGGCCUGAACUUGAACCCAUCUGUCACCUUGCCAACACAGCCAAUUGCAACACAGUGCUUUCAGUUAUCCAAUAUGUUCAACCCCCAAGCAGAGGAUGACCCAGGCUGGGAUGUUGAGAUUCAAGAUGAUGUUAUUGAAGAAUGCAAUAAACAUGGUGGUGUUGUCCAUAUUUAUGUUGACAAAAAUUCAACACAGGGCAAUGUGUACGUGAAGUGUCCUACGAUAGCUGCAGCAAUGGCUGCUGUGAAUGGAUUACAUGGAAGGUGGUUUGCAGGCAAAAUGAUCACAGCUGCAUAUGUUCCCUUGACCACAUACCACAAUCUGUUCCCUGAUUCAGUAAUGGCCACUACGCUGUUAAUGCCAGCACGCCGAUGAUGAGGCACUUCAUGUUCAUGGUUGUUGCUGUUCCUUUUGGAUUGUAAAUAAUAGAGCACAUUGUGCAGGACUGGAUUUUUUUUGGCAGUGCUCUAAUCUGAAGUAGUUUUUUUUUUUUUUUUCUUCUCUCCCCUUUUCUCCCACGUCUUUUUUACACUUCAAAGAGAAUAAGGAGAGCUGUGCCCCUAUGGAAGUCCACAAUGCCUGUUUGCUUAUGGAGUUUUAUUUUCAAACGUGAUUUGUAAGAGUGAAAGGGGCAAAACCUAAACCAUUAAACUGAUUUCAGUACUGUACAGCAAUGACUUUGUAGAAAUUGUAUGGAAUAAAAGGAUUGCCAGUAUAUUGGA